AUGGGCUCGAAUUCAUGUUCUUCUUCUUCUUCUCCAAAUCCUAAGAAAUUGAAAUUCAGACUCAGUCCCUUCCUCUGCUUCUUAUUCUUAUUCCUCAACUUCCCCACCGCCACAGCAUUUUUCCUAAACCCGUUUCGGAAACCCGAAAUCUCUUACUCCCAGCACUGCAAUGACGUCGUUCCCGAGCCCCCUUUAUCCUCCGACAAUGUCCCUGUUUCCCACUCCAACGAUUUCCUCAGCUUCCAAUUCGUAUUUUUCUCCGGCGGCAUCGGAAUCUUCAACCGAACCUCUGAGUCCGGGAUAUCUCUCUCCUUCAACCCCUCAUAUAUCAAAAACACCACCUCCCAUGGCGUUCACAAGGUCAAAGCCACCCUGAACAUUCGAGACCCGUGGAAGCAAUCUGUUUUCGGUCAGCGGCGUUUGAUUAGUAUUAGGUAUCGGGAAGACGAUUCGGUGUUUUCAGUUAAUGGGUAUUGGUCAGAAUCUUCUGGGAAGCUUUGUAUGGUCGGAUCAGGGAAGAGUUAUGUUGGUUCGUUUAGUUCAAAAUAUCCAGAUGUUGUUCUUAAGCUUAAUUAUUCAAAAAAUAAUAGCAUUUAUGGUAGUUUGAUUGGUGGAACAUUAGAAUGUUCGCAUAUGAAAAGUGAUUAUAAUUACUUUGAACCGAUUGUGAUAUUGGGGUUGCCUCAGAAUCCAGAUUAUGAAUAUGCUUUGGUUGAUAAGACUGAUUGUCUGAGUGCACAGAAAGGUGGUGGAGAUAUUAAUUUUUCUCCAAGCAAAUUGGACCGUGGUAGUGAUUGUGGUAGUGUGAAUUGCAAUCCUUUACGUGGGAGUAUUGAGUAUUUGCCUUCUAAGUUUGCUUAUCGUGGGGUUAGGUUUAUUGCUAAGGAAUCUGAAUUUCCUAGUCCUAACGCAACAUUGAUUGCUGAGGGUGCUUGGGAUGAGAAAGAGAAUAAGUUUUGUGGUGUCGCGUGCAGCAUUUUGGCUAAUGCUUCUGUUGGAGAUUGCUCUAUUGGGUUUAGUUUGAGAUUUCCGGCAGUUAUUUCAUUAAGGAAUUCGAGUAGUAUUGUGGGGGAAAUUUGGAGCAAGAAAGAUGUGAAGGAUUUAGGUUACUUUGGAAGAAUUGGGUUUCAGAGUUGGGGAAGACCGAUUGACCCCCAAGGUCUUAAAUAUGAGUAUACUGAGGUUGAGGCUGUAAGAAAUUCUUGUGCACAAGGGGUGGAAAUUGUUAGGGGCAAGGGAAAGACUUACCCUGAUGGGUUUUCCCUGGACAUGGGAUUUGGUAUGUUGGUGAGGAACACUGAAGGAAAGGUAACGUCGGGUUUCUCAAGGCCACAAUUUGUGGGAGAUGUGCUCUAUGUACAUCAGGAUGAGCUGAAAAGUAAUCAUAGCAGAAUGCUGAAUAUGAGUUUCAGGAUGGGCUUCAAGUAUGUAGCUGAUGCUUUACCCAAAUUAGUCAUUAUUUUUGCUGAAGGAAUAUAUGAUAGGGAUAUUGGUCUCCUGUGCAUGAUAGGAUGUCGGUAUCUUGAUUUUGAAUCACUUGGUCGAAAUUUGAUUAAAAAUGGUUCAUUGGACUGUGAAACUAGGAUUAAUAUUCAAUUCCCUCCACUACAUGCAGAGAAGGCUGAAAUUGCUAAGGGAACUAUUGAAAGCAGGCGAUCAAAGUCAGAUCCUCUUUACUUUGAACGUCUUCAACUGUCUUCAAAUUCGAUGACCACUACCCAAGCUAAGGAAUCCAUCAGGACAGUGAAUUUGGGGAUUACCAUGGUUGUGAUUUGUUUUGGUGGUCUGCUAUUAGGUGUGCUAUUUAGAGGCCGCGCAUGUUACCCAAGUGGUUUAGAGACAGUUCUAAAUACGAGAAAGUACCUGUUAUUGGCAACGAAGAAUUGUAAGGGAAUUUUUUCAAUUAAUACUUGUACAAGAAUUGCUACUGCAUUUUCAAUUUACUGCACAUAA